AUUCUUGAGCAUGUAAACAAAUUUGGAAUUAUUUUGCACAAAGAUUAUGGCCGGAAAAACGAAAUAAUUUUACCAAGUGAACUAAAAGAUUAUAACAUCACCACAAACAAGACUGAGCUUAAAAACUAACAACAUAACGAAAAAAUGGAGCAUCAGCGAAUGUUCGAACGCCCAUCGGUGCGAAGUCGCAUAGCGUCUUGGUUUAACGGAAAGAAUUUCAAUCCUCAAAAAUUAAGAGGUGUGAUUUUGGGGAUCACGCUUACCGCAACACUUGGAGAGGUGUCCUCUUACAAACUCAUCAAGCAAGAUAUAGAGGCUGGAGAACUUCCUUCCUAUCUCGCUGAUCUCAUGAUAAUAGUGUUUUCGAUAUUUGAAGCGAUUGUGGCACCGUUCAUUUCCUGGUAUGGAUUUAGGAAUCGACGCAUGUUGCUGAUCAGCUACACAUUUGCUGUCACCGUGACCAGCGUAACGUGGUGGUUUAUACCAGCGAAAUCAGAGAGAGAAGAAUCAGAAUUGUGCGAUGCAUCAAACUCAAACAAUAGUGUUGCAUUUCGUGGAACCACAACUCGCUCAAUUAUUCGUCUCGUCAUCGUUAUUAUUUCAUGUGUGGCAUUUGUGCUCUCGCGUGUGGCGUGUUGGAGUCACAGCGUUGCUUACUCCGACGAAUACGCGCCGGCUCGGGCCAGUGUUCAUUACGGUGCUCUAUUGAUUUCUAGAGUGGUACCACUUGUACUGGGAUACAAGACAUUGACGGGCGCAGUCGAUGAUAACAUGCCGCUGCAGGCCGCGGGAAUAGCCGUCGGGUUUCUGUUGAACUUAAUACAGCUGUUUUUCUAUGUACCAAAAACAGUGCCUAUAGUGGAUGGAGUGCAGAAAGUAUCUGUCCCCUUACACGAACGGAGUUUCAUCACGAGCGUUGGGCGCGUGUUCAACAACUCUGCGGCGAUGACGCAAAUGUUCGCAAUGAGCCUUCUGGCGGCUGCUCUGUGGGGUUACGGCUUCCACGAGCUGGAUAUUGUUAAGGUUAAAUACAAUUUGAUUCCUGAGACGAGUGGACUGGUCCAAAUCACUGAAAUAUUGUUAUACUAUUUUCUUGCUAUUUUUGUGGCUUACCGCGAGCAGCCCUCGCGCAUGCCACCACUCCGGCGUCAUGUAGGGUGCCACCAACGACAUUAUACCACAAAACCUGCCUAA